AUGUUUGACAGCACGCAGUACCCCUACAACUGUUUCAAUGACAGCACCGACGACUACCCAGCAGGCGGCUCACGUGAGGAAGAGCGGCUCACGCGGCCGGCGUACAGCUACAUAGCUCUCAUCGCCAUGGCCAUACAACAGAGCCCCGCGGGCCGAGUGACUCUGUCCGGGAUCUACGACUUCAUCAUGCACAAGUUUCCCUACUACCGUGCCAACCAGCGCGCCUGGCAGAACUCCAUCCGCCACAACCUGUCCCUCAACAGCUGCUUCGUCAAGGUGCCGCGGACCAAGGGCCACGAGAAGGGCAAAGGCAACUUCUGGACGUUCGCAGGCGGCUGCGAGUCGCUCCUGGACCUCUUCGAGAAUGGAAACUUCCGCCGCCGGCGGAGGCAGCGCGGCCCCAAGCGGGAGGGACCGUCGGGUCCGCCCGAGGCGACCCAGCGCGGGUCCCCGGCCCCUGACUGCGCGCGCACCUCCCAAGAGGACCCCCGGGACCUGCCCGCCGCCCACAGAGACAUCAAGUUCAGCAUCGACUACAUCCUGUCCUCCCCAAACCCCUUCCCAGCGCUCAGGUCGCCCUGUCACGCACAGGAAGCCCGAUGUCCCCCGCUGGAGCCCCCGCAAAUGAGCCUCCACUUUUGGGCCGCCUGA